AUGACAAAAGAGACUAUACGUGUUGUGUUAUGUGGUGAUCCAGGAGUAGGGAAGUCUAGUCUAAUUGCUUCGUUAGCGAAAGGAAAAUUUGUUGAAGAUUCAGAAGGAAAGUUUGGUCCUGUUGUUAUACCCAAAGAUUUUUCAGCUAGUCCAUAUUCCCCUAAAAAUACAAUUUUAAUAGAUACUAGUGAUAAUGAUACUGACGAACUAUACAAAGAAUUGAAAAUAGCUGAUGUAAUUUGGUUAUGUUAUUGUGAUAAAGAAUCUUAUGAAAGAAUCUCCUUAUAUUGGAUGGUCACUUUCCGGUCUCUUGGAUUAAAUUUACCGGUUAUUGUUUCUAGAACUAAAUGCGAUGAUUAUGAAGAUUCUACAGUGACAACCUCCCCUUAUGAUACUAAAGUCGAAGAUGAAGAAUUUAUUCCAAUCCUAAUAGAUUUCAAAGAGGUUGAUAAUUGUAUUAAAGUCAGCGCUAAAACCCAAUUCAAUAUCAAUCAAGCAUUCUACUUAUGCCAAAGGUCAAUAAUAUAUCCUAUUUCGCCACUAUUUGAUUCACGACUUGGGGAAUUCAAACCUCAAACUGUAUCAGCAUUGAAAAGGAUUUUCUUAUUGAGUGAUUAUGAUCAAGAUGGAUAUUUAAGUGAUAGAGAACUUUCAAAUUUACAAAAGAAAUGUUUUAAAAAAAGUAUUGAUAUAAAUGAAAUGCAAUUCAUAAAACAAACGUUUAUGACGUUGUCUAAUUCACAAUUAGCAGAGAGCCAUACUGAACUAUAUGUGACAGGAAAAGGGAUAACUGAAGAAGGCUUUUUGUUCUUGAACAAAUUAUAUGUAGAAAAGGGAAGACAUGAAACAAUAUGGGGUAUAUUAAGGGCAUUUUAUUAUACAGACUCUCUUUCAAUAAAGGUAGAGGUUUUAUAUCCUAAAUUAAACAUUCCAGCUACCUCGAGUGUAGAAUUGAGUCCAAUAGGAUACCGUUUUUUAGUCAAUCUAUUUCUAAAGUAUGAUACGGAUAAUGACGGUGGAUUAACUCAAGAUGAUUUGAAUAAACUUUUUAAAUGCACACCUGGCAUACCACAUCUUUGGUUAGCAACUAAUUUUCCUUAUUCUACUGUAGUUAAUGGACGUGGCUGUAUCACACUACAGGGUUGGCUUGCACAAUGGAGUAUGACAACAUUUCUGGACUACAAGAUUACAACUGCAUAUUUAGUAUAUUUUGAUUUCCAAGAAGAUGCUAAAAUUGCAUUGCAAAUUACUAAACCAAGAAAAUUCAGAUGGAGAAAUGGUAAAUACUAUAGAUCGACUGUAAACGACCGUAAAGUAUUCAAUUGUUUACUAAUAGGUAAAUCGAAUUGCGGUAAAACUUCGCUAUUAGAAUCAUUUCUUGGAAGGCCUUAUUCAGAGGCUCAUUUAGCAUCUGUGAUUCCACAUAUAUGUGUCAAUAGUUUAGAAUUGAAAGGUAGUAAGCAAUAUUAUCUGAUUUUACAAGAAACAGGAGUUGAAGAGCUAGCGAUGUUGGAAAACAAAGAUAAGCUAAAGAACAGUGACGUUAUAUGUCUAAUGUACGAUUCAAGUGAUCCUGAUUCCUUCUCAUAUUUGGUUGAGCUAUUCGAAAAAUAUAAAGAGCAAUUUGAAAGUUUACCUGUGAUAUUGGUGGCAUCAAAGGCAGAUCUAGACAAGCAACAACAAAGAUGUCAUAUUCAGCCUGAUUUAUUUGCUGAAACUUUAUUCAUUGAUCAUCCUUUACAUAUAUCAUGCAAUUGGAUUAAUUCAUUGAAUGAACUAUUAAUCAAAAUAACUGAAACAGCAUUAGUGCCCAUCAAAGCAAUCCCAGGGCUUCCCGAAGAGGCCAGUUAUUCAGAAGAGGAUUACAAGCAGGCUUCGAUUCUGUUGGCUUCUUCUGUAGGAUUCAUUUCUUUAGUCACAUUCGCAUACAUAAAAUGGCAACAUUAUUACAAGCAUUCAUGA